AUGGCCGCCCUGUCCCAGCUCCAGGCGAGGCUCUCGGGGCUGCGGGAAGAGUAUUUCCUUAGGAACAGAUCUGUAGAUGAGGACAGAAAAAUAAAAUACAAAGCUGCUAUCAAAAUCCAGAGCUGGUUUCGAGGAUGCAGAGUCCGAGCCUAUCUGAGAUAUCUGAACAAAAACGUGAUUUUUAUACAGAAGUGGUGGAGAGGUUAUCAAAGCCGAAGAGACUUCAGAAAAAUGGUGGAGACAGCAUAUUUUAUUAUGAAGAUGAAUUUCUACAAUGAAAUGGCUGUCAGGAUUCAGAAAAGAUGGCGAGGCUAUUAUGUUCGGAAAUAUAUCCAUAAUUAUUAUGCACUGAAGAAAUACCUGGAAGCCAUUUCUGUGAAUAAUGAGAUUGUCAGGAACGAACUCCAAGAGUACAAAGAAAUGAAGGAAAAUGAAGAGAAAAGGAAAGAGCUAGAAAAGAAAGAAAAGGAAAAGAAGUACCAAGCCCGAAAGAUGCAUUACCUCCUUAGCACUGAGCAGAUUGCAGGCAUCUACAAUUCACCAUUCAGAGAAUCCCCAGAUCCAAUGGAACUGCUGCUACGGGAGUCAAAGCCAUUGAGCCACAGACGGCAGCAAAUGAAGAGUCCCUUCUCCUACGACCUCUAUGACUGGCCAACUUGUAAAAGGCCUCCGAAUUUCUCCACAGGGCAGCCUCUGCCACCUAUUGGCAGACAGAAACCUCAGGGGCCUUUCCGCGAUACCGCUGAAGUAUUGCAGCAGCGCUACAAGCCUUUGGAACCAACCUUGCGAGUGGCAGCAUCAAUCAAUUCACCACUAGAGAAGGCCAGAGACGAAAUGAAAAAGGAGGAAUGGAGAAACCGUAUACAUGACAAUGAGUUUCUGCCAUUUUCUUCGUAUCAUAAAAAUGAGAAGUAUGACCCUUCAAUUCUUAGGUCAGGCAAAUAUGGUCAAGAAACUUAUGGAAUUAAACACUUCCGAGAAGUACAGCCUAAGAAGUGGAUAGCAGGCAAGGACUUCCAAACAGUGUUACCGUCGAUUGUUCUCUUCGAAAAGUUUGGAAAAACUUAUUCCAGAGCUGGGCAAAUAGUGUAAUUGUCCUGUAAACUACACAAUAUAAGAGGCCUGAUAAGUAAUCAAUAA